CACGUGACCAACCGGGUCACAUGGCCCGCGGUACAACAUGGCUGCGCCCGCAGUAGGGCUGGUUUGUAGACGCUGUCCUGAGCCGGGUCUCGUCCUCUUGCUUCUGCUGCUCUCGCUGCUGUGUGGAGCGGUAGGGAGCGAGGAGGCCAGGACCGGUGCGGGCGCGGGGUCCCUUGCGGGUUCUUGCGGCUGCGGCACGCCCCAGCGGCCUGGCGCCCAUGGCAGUUCGGCAGCCGCUCACCGAUACUCGCGGGAGGCUAACGCUCCGGGCCCGGUACCCGGAAAACGGCAACUCGCGCACUCAAAGAUGGUCCCCAUCCCUGCUGGAGUGUUUACAAUGGGCACAGAUGAUCCUCAGAUAAAGCAGGAUGGGGAAGCACCUGCGAGGAGAGUUGCUAUUGAUGCCUUUUACAUGGAUGCCUAUGAAGUCAGUAAUGCUGAAUUUGAGAAGUUUGUGAACUCAACUGGCUAUUUGACAGAGGCUGAGAAGUUUGGCGACUCCUUUGUCUUUGAAGGCAUGUUGAGUGAGCAAGUGAAGACCAAUAUUCAACAGGCAGUUGCAGCUGCUCCCUGGUGGUUACCUGUGAAAGGUGCUAACUGGAGACACCCAGAAGGGCCUGACUCUACUAUUCGGCACAGGCCAGAUCAUCCAGUUCUCCAUGUCUCCUGGAAUGAUGCGUUUGCCUACUGCACUUGGGCAGGGAAGCGGCUGCCCACAGAAGCUGAGUGGGAAUACAGCUGUCGAGGAGGCCUGCAUAAUAGACUUUUCCCCUGGGGCAACAAACUGCAGCCCAAAGGCCAGCAUUAUGCCAACAUUUGGCAGGGAGAGUUUCCGGUGACCAACACUGGCGAGGACGGCUUCCAAGGAACUGCACCCGUUGAUGCCUUCCCUCCCAAUGGUUAUGGCUUAUACAACAUAGUGGGGAACGCGUGGGAAUGGACUUCAGACUGGUGGACCGUUCAUCACUCUGUUGAAGAAACGCUUAACCCAAAAGGUCCCCCUUCUGGGAAAGACCGGGUGAAGAAAGGUGGAUCCUACAUGUGCCAUAGGUCCUAUUGUUACAGGUAUCGCUGUGCUGCUCGGAGCCAGAACACACCCGAUAGCUCUGCUUCGAAUCUGGGAUUCCGCUGUGCAGCCGACUGCCUGCCCACCAUGGACUGACAACCAAGAAGAGUCUUCCCCAGUCCAAGAAGGAGUCGUGUCUGACCUACAAUGGGCUUCCCUCAGAACUCUGAAUGAUGCCACACAAAGAAUUCCCACCCUGAGGUGGGUUACAUACCUACCCAAUGGCCAAAGGAACCGCCUUGUGAGACCAAAUUGCUGACCUGGGUCAGUGCAUGUGCUUUAUUGUGUGGUGCAUCUUUGGAGAUCAUCGCCGUAUUUUACUUUUGAGAGUCUUUAAAGAGGAAGGGGAGUGGAGGGAACCCUGAUCUAGGCUUCAGGAGGCCCGCGUCCUACGCAGGCUCUGCUACAGGGGUUAGACCCCAGGUCCGACACUUGACCUUCCUGGGCCUCAAGUGCCCUCGCCUCUCAAAUGAAGGGACGGACAGCAUGACCUCUGGGUUUCUCUCCAACUCGCCAAUUCUAAAAAGGAUAUCAGAUUCUAUUGUGACUUCAUAGUGAGAAUUUAUGAUAGAUUAUUUUUUAGCUAUUUUUUUCCAUGUGUGAACCUUGAGUGAUACUAAUCAUGUAAAGUAAGAGUUCUCUUAUGUAUUAUUUUCAGAAAAGGGGGGUGGUGGCUCCUUUAUAUUCAUACCGCACUUUGUUUUUCCAAGGAAAUCAGUGUCUUUUACAUUGUUACGAUGAAUCCCACGUGGACCAGUGAUGGUAUGCUGAAGUUCAGCCACUGAACACACAGGAAUGUCUGUGGGGUGACUCUACUGUGCUUUAUCUUUUAACAUUAAGUGCCUUUGGUUCAGAGGGGCAGUCAUAAGCUCUGUUUCCCCCUCUCCCCAAAGCCUUCAGUGAAUGUGAAAUGUGUGCUAAAUGGGGAAACCUGUUUAAUUCUAGAUAUAGGGAAAAAGGAAUGAGGACCUUGAAUUAGCUAUAUUCAGGGUAUCCGGUAUUUUGUAAUAGGAAAUAGGAAACCUUGUUGGCUAUGGAGUAUCAGAUGCUUUGAAUCAUGCACUAUGUCGAAUAAACUUAUCUGCUAAAUCAGG